CAUCACAACAAAUUAUCACUAAAUUUUCAUAAAUUUUUUAAAUCGAAUAAAAAUGGCCCUACUCAACAAAUUGGUCUUGUUUACCGGAUUCGUUUCACUUCUACAUGCUGCUUACUCGGCAGCCCAACAUCGAGCUUAUCUGAGAAUCACGGAUCAGGAAUUUACGAACCUUCCUAUUGAUAUCAUUUUCCAAGCGAUUCUCAGUCUGGCGUUGAUUAUAUACAACAUUUUGCAAGUGGUAGGCGAAUUUAAAGAGAUUCGGGCCGCAGUGGAUCUGCAAGCCAAAUCGUGGGAAACCCUCGGAAACAUACCUUCGUUCUACACGUUCAACCAUCGUGGAAAAGCACUGUCCCCGUUCUACGAGCAGCCGAAUCCUACAGCGAUGGACCGUUCGGAUUUGAGUACCGUAGAGUGAUAGCUGAAUGAUCAAUCUAUUCAAUAAUUAUCAUGCUCAUAACUCGUAAGGUAUGAAUGUUUUAAUUGUAAUUUAUUUGUACCAAUAAACUAAAUAAAUAUAAUCGUGAGAUGAACUUCGAUUGAAGAUU